CUUUGACACAAGCCAAUCACCAGUGGCUUUAGAAUAUAGGUUCAGAACGUUGCAAGACACAAGACCAGUGAUGAGGAUUCUUUUGGAGUUCUAGAAAACCUUGUCUGUUCUGUACAUUCUACCUGCGACAUUCUGAACAUUGUUCUUGGCUCUGAUUGCAAUAUUAAUCGUGCUCAUAUCCAAUAUACAGUGAUGUUGUGUGUUUCAGAUGGAUUAAUGUUUGUGUGUGUGUGUGUGUGUGUGUGUGUGUGUGUGUGUGUGUGUGUGUGUGUGUGUGGUUAGCUACUGUACAUGUGUGUGUGGUUCUGAAUACUUGCCCCUUCUGUACAUCUUCCCAGCCACGCUUCUCUUACAACUAUUCUAUCUGGCGUCAAGUGUAGCUUGUCUGGAUUUUACUCACAAGAUAAACAAUGUGUCCCUGGAACUUUUCACUGUUCCCUUAAUGACCUAGCUACCAUGCGUCAUAGUUGGCUCUUCCUCCAGGAGGACGUGCGCCGCUACCAGCGACAGUCAAUGCUCUGCCCCAACGUCACCCCACAACGCGCAUCGCCAGUGUGCCCCACUUCCCUCACACCCAAAUCAAUCUGGCUUCAAGUCAAGUGUAGUUAGUGAUCCUUUGAUCUGGAGUUGGUGACCCAUGAUCCUUUUGAAUCAUAGUUGGAUCUUCAUCCAACAGAGGACGUACAGGGGCACCAGCAAGCAGUCAGUGCUCUGCCAAUGGGUCAGCCCACACAGUGCUCUGCCAAUGGGUCAGCCCACACAGUGCUCUGCCAAUGGGUCAGCCCACACAGUGCUCUGCCAAUGGGUCAGCCCACACAGUGCUCUGCCAAUGGGUCAGCCCACACAGUGCUCUGCCAAUGGGUCAGCCCACACAGUGCUCUGCCAAUGGGUCAGCCCACACAGUGCUCUGCCAAUGGGUCAGCCCACACAGUGCUCUGCCAAUGGGUCAGCCCACACAGUGCUCUGCCAAUGGGUCAGCCCACACAGUGCUCUGCCAAUGGGUCAGCCCACACAGUGCUCUGCCAAUGGGUCAGCCCACACAGUGCUCUGCCAAUGGGUCAGCCCACACAGUGCUCUGCCAAUGGGUCAGCCCACACAGUGCUCUGCCAAUGGGUCAGCCCACACAGUGCUCUGCCAAUGGGUCAGCCCACAACUCCCACCACCAGUUUUGUCACAUCACACAAGAGGAUCUGCUUGUUUGAACCCGAAGGGCCAUCUGGCUCCUUGCCCCUGCUUUGUGCAUCCCAAAUGACACCCUAUUACCUACGUUGUGCACUAAUUUUGACCAGAGCCUUAUGUGCCAAAGUUGUACACUAUAUUAGGAUAGGGUAAACCCCAUCCUUUGUUACCUCAUAGACCCCAAAUCAAACAUCGUGUUGUGAUGAAUGUCUUAGUUUGGAUCAUUGUGCUGGAAAGCACUGGGUGUUCAGAGGACUAAUGGGCUCACUGUUAAGUGGGACAGCAGUGAAGCGGGUGGCCAGGGUUGGGGUUCUUUUCCACUUUGUUUUUGGGGCCUGUGCCAUAGGGCGGCGCACAAUUGGCCCAGCGUCAUCCGGGUUAGGGGAGGGUUUGGCCCGGGGUAGGUCGUCCUUGUAAAUAAGAAUUUGUUCUUAACUGACUUGCCUAGUUAAAUCAAAUAAAAAAAUAUAUUACAAAAUUAUUAAUAAAAGGCACCCUAUUCCCUAUACCAGGGAUCAUCAACUAGAUUCAGCCGCGGAAUGAUUUUUGUUUUUACUUGAGUGGAUGGUCGGGGGCCUGAACAUAAUUAGAAAUCAUUUGUAGACUGCAAAUUGACCGCAAGAAGACCAAAGAUUGUUUUAGUCAAAUAUUAUAUCAAACCUUGCUUACUUGUAUACUGUAUAUGAUCAGAUGUGUCUCUCUAUUCUGCCCAGGAAUACUUGGGAACAGAUUUCGCAAAAAAUGUAAUCACUUGGAGCUGAUGUUUUGAUUCUUUUGGCCAACAUUUAAAAAGGGGGACCGAAUUCGGUCCGUGGGCCGCCAGUUGAAGAACCUAAUCCUACCUUGUACACUAAUAUCAUGUGGGCCAUGGUCAACAGUAGGGCACUGUCUAGAGCCAUGGUCAACAGUAGUGCACUGUCUAGGGCCAUGGUCAACAGUAGUGCACUGUCUAGGACCAUGGUCAACAGUAGUGCACUGUCUAGGGCCAAUGUUCAACAGUAGUGCACUGUCUAGGGCCAUGGUCAACAUGUCUAGGGCCAUGGUCAACAGUAGUGUACUGUUUAGGACCAUGGUCAACAGUAGUGCACUGUCUAGGGCCAUGGUCAACAGUAGUGCACUGUCUAGGGCCAUGGUCAACAUUAGUGUACUGUCUAGGGCCAUGGUCAACAGUAGUGCACUGUCUAGGGCCAUGGUCAACAGUAGUGCACUGUCUAGGGCCAUGGUCAACAGUAGUGUACUGUCUAGGGCCAUGGUCAACAGUAGUGUACUGUCUAGGGCCAUGGUCAACAGUAGUGCACUGUCUAGGGCCAUGGUCAACAGUAGUGCACUGUCUAGGGCCAUGGUCAACAGUAGGGCACUGUCUAGGGUCAUGGUCAACAGUAGUGCACUGUCUAGGGCCAUGGUCAACAGUAGUGCACUGUCUAGGGUCAUGGUCAACAGUAGUGCACUGUCUAGGGUCAUGGUCAACAGUAGUGCACUGUCUAGGGUCAUGGUCAACAGUAGUGCACUGUCUAGGGCCAUGGUCAACAGUAGUGCACUGUCUAGGGCCAUGGUCAACAGUAGUGCACUGUCUAGGGCCAUGGUCAACAGUAGUGUACUGUCUAGGGCCAUGGUCAACAGUAGUGUACUGUCUAGGGCCAUGGUCAACAGUAGUGUAUUGUUUAGGGCCAUGGUUAACAGUAGUGUACUGUCUAGGGCCAUGGUAACCAUGUCUAGGGCCAUGGUCAACAGUAGUGCACUGUUUAGGACCAUGGUCAACAGUAGUGCACUGUUUAGGACCAUGGUCAACAGUAGUGUACUGUCUAGGGCCAUGGUAACCAUGUCUAGGGCCAUGGUCAACAGUAGUGCACUGUUUAGGACCAUGGUCAACAGUAGUGCACUGUCUAGGGCCAUGGUCAACAGUAGUGUACUGUCUAGGGCCAUGGUCAACAGUAGUGCACUGUUUAGGACCAUGGUCAACAGUAGUGCACUGUCUAGGGCCAUGGUCAACAGUAGUGCACUGUUUAGGACCAUGGUCAACAGUAGUGCACUGUCUAGGGCCAUGGUCAACAGUAGUGCACUGUUUAGGACCAUGGUCAACAGUAGUGCACUGUCUAGGGCCAUGGUAACCAUGUCUAGGGCCAUGGUCAACAGUAGUGCACUAUCUAGGGAACAGAGUGCCAUUCGUGACAUUGUGUGCUAGUUGAUUAUUUUGGCUCGUCUUUUUAUUCUCCAGCAAACUGAACGGUGGCACAUGUUGGCAUAAUGUGAGGAGUUAUAUCAUGUUUUAGCCAACUCCUCUACUUACUUACUCAGUAAUUACUGAGGAUUGUGCUCGCCCGGAGGAUUGGGUAUUAAAUAGUUUGUACCACAAAACCAUAUACUAUAAUACGGUAUGUUACAUAAUAGAUCUGUAGCCUAAUAGUUUAGUGUGUGUGUGUAAUAGUUUAGUGUGUGUGUGUGUGUGCGUGUGUUUCUCUGUGUGUGUCUGUUUCUGUGUGUGUCUGUUUCUAUGUGUGUGCGUGUGUGCGUGCGUGCGUGCGUGCGUGCGCGUGCGUGCGUGUGUGUGUGCUGGUUUGGGUUGUGAUCCAGAAGGCACGUUUCCAUUCUUGUUGUUUUAACUAUCUCAGGACUAACGUGUCUACUACCACUACAGUAUCUUGUAACAUGUGCUAGUUGAGGAAAGCCUAACAGUAGUUGAUGUGAUAUUGUACAUGAACUCUUGUGU